AUGGCGAAGCCUGUUGUCCAUAGAGCAACUUUACUGCAAAGUGCUCUUUUCGCGGGAACUCAAACGUUCCUCUCUCCGACUUUGAAUUAUUUUUUCUCCAAAACUAGGAACUUCUGUACAUUUCCAAAUUCACCGUUCGAUUUGCAAUGAAAAGCUCUACAAAAUACUGCUUUGAACUGAAACACCGUUUUUUACUGCCCCUAUGCCUUUAACACACGUUUUCCGAGAAAAUCGAUGAACUGAGAAAUUUCUGGGUACAAGGAUUUCAAGUUGGCUCUUCAGAGCUUGUUUUGCUAUCAGACAUACUACAUAACCUCUUCAACUCACAAAACCUGGUUUUUAGAGGCUCCGCCCACUUUCACGGUUACGGUAGAGAAAAUACCAUAAAAAGCUAACUUUUUUCCUGGUGAAGCAAAUUGGUUCAAACCAACUUUAACAUAAAGAUUAUAAUAUUUUGAGCAUUUUUUUCGAUGGUAGUGACCUCGGGAAAAAUUUCCUUCCUCCAGAAAAAAAAAUCGAUUUAGAAAAAUGACGAUUUUUUGAUACUUCUGUGUUUUUCUUGGUCAGGAACCUUGCCACAGCUCGCCACGGAAAGUACGGCCUCGGAUCGCGAAACGAAAACUGCGAGAGACUGGUCGACCUUCUCGACGCAAGGAAACUCUACCAUGGCAACUCACUUUUUGAGAAACCUGAUCAACGGCGUUGGACCUGGAAAUCCGCGAACGGAGCAACCACCAAUGAGAUCGACCAUAUCCUCACGAAUCGGAAAUGGACUUCUCUUGACGUUGCCGUACUACCGAGCUUCGACAUCGGAUCAGACCAUCGACUAGUCCGCGCAAAAAUCCGCAUCAACAGCAAGGUCAGGAAACGUGAUCUCCACCAACCACCACGUCCAAGAAGACCGGUCUACGACGCAGCCACAUUGGAGAAGAACAUCUCGGAGUACAAAUGGUCACACAACGAUGACCCGACGAUUGACUACAAGAACCUCUGCGACGGCCUUAUAAGAUGCGCCGAACCCGCUGCCCGAUCGACCUCAUCACUUCCUCCUCGAAUCGACCAGAAAGCGAAGGAAAUGCUAAGGAAACGAGGAGAGAUCAAACGCGACCCGGCUUCCACGCACCUUGAACGUCUAACCAUCGACAAAGCGUGCAGAAUCGCGGUCGAAACAUCGCUCGCAAAUCGACGCAAAAACGCCCUUCUCCUGACAGUCGAAAAACACCAAAGCAUCCGGAAAAAGAAGUUCGAACUAAUAGACCUAUCGACGGUGAUGACGGCUCUAAAAGACAAAAAUGGUCACUUGAAAACUUCGCGCAAAGAAAUGGAAGACCUCACAGUUGACUACUCACAAGGCUCUUCCAAAGCAGCGUAGCAGUACCAAGAUCAGCGACUCCACCAGCAGAGGAAGAACCUCCGAUCAUCGAAGAAGAAGUUGCUCACGCUAUCCGAAGGUUGAAGAAUGGAACGGCGGCCGGCCCCGAUAACAUCUCGACAGAAAUCCUCAAAUCCGGAGGCGACGCCCUGAACCGACUGCUCGUCAAACGCUUCUCCACCUAUCUGAAAAACAAGUAGAUCCCGGAGCAAUGGAAGGUCUCAAAAACCAUCUUGAUCCCCAAAAAAGGCGACCUAACCGACCUGAACAACUUCCGACCAAUAUCACUAUUAUCGGUCGUCUACAAGUUGUUUACCAAGAUCAUCGUCAACCGCCUAGAGAAGAAGCUCGACGACUUCCAACCACCGUAUCAAGCCGGGUUCCGGCGGGACUUCUGCUGCCUAGAUCACAUCCACACCUUGACUCAGGUUGUGGAGCGUCAUCGGGAAUACCACCUCCCCCUGGCAUUGGCUUUUGUAGACUACCGGAAAGCCUUUGACAGCGUUGAGAUCAACGCCAUUCUGAACUCGCUCGUCGCCGCAGGAAUCCCCACAAAGUAUAUCGACCUCAUCGAAAAGUGCAACGAGGGAACGUCGACUACGAUCCAACUGUUCAAUAAAAAACUCACGAUCCCCAUCGGGAAAGGCGUUCGACAAGGAGACACAAUCUCUCCGAAGCUCUUCUCCACAGCUCUAGAAGAUGCAAUGCGUCAACUCGGCUGGGACACCAACCGAGACUGGGAAGACGGAAACGUUAUCAAAGGCAUCAACAUCGACGGCAAGAUCUUAACAAAUCUUCGCUUCGCCGACGACAUUGUACUCUUCGCCAACAACACCUCCGACCUGUCAUCCAUGCUCAACGAUCUAAACGCCGUUGGAAAGAAGAUCGGACUCCAGAUGAACGAGAAGAAAACGCAGUGGAUGAGGAACCGCUUCUGCGACCAAGGCAACGUCAUCCUCGAAGGACGAGACCUGCUUGAAGUCAACUCCUACGUAUAUCUCGGCCGAGAAGUCAACAUGACGAACGAUUUAAAACCAGAGAUAGCAAGACGCCGACGAGCUGGAUGGGCCGCGUUUAACUCCAUAAAAGAAGUUACCAACCAGCUGAAAGACCCAAAACUGCGAGCGCAUUGGAACGUGCGCUUCUCGAUACCAAUCGCUUCGAACAGUGGAAAAAAGAACAGACGAGCACAGACCUCCGUCAGCGGUCCCAGAUCCAGGACCUCGAAGAGCACAUUCAACACGGGAAGCAUCGCUGGGGAGGCCACGUCAUUCGCAGACAAGAUGACCGCUGGUCGACGAGAACGACCCACUGGUUUCCGAGAAACAACAAGCGCCCACUCGGGCGCCCACCGACCAGAUGGACGGACUACUUUCGCAAGAACAUCAGUCAACCAGGCCGCCACUGGAUGACCGUUGCGCAAGACCGGGCCGCCUGGAGAACGUGUGGUCCACGCUGA